AUGAAACUGUCUCUGUUUCUUGCCUCCAUGCUUUUGGCUCUUUUAGCGUUAGAGCAGGUGGGUGCCAAUGAUGCCAAUGAUUCCAAUGAGACAGACAAAAUGCCACCUGGACUGAAGUUGAAGAAGGAAAAAAUCCCCAAGAACCGAAGACUUAAGAACAUGAAGAAGGAAAAUCCCGCAGAAAUGAAAAAGAUGAUGAGGGAAAAAGGGCUGAUAGACAUCUCCGAGGAAGACGGUUUAGUGCCCCUGAUCACCGCUAAGGAUGGUUCUAACGUUCCCAAUCAGUACAUUGCCCGUCUUCUGCCUGGUGGAAAGUACGGAAAAAGCUGGUAUGCAAGUCGUUUUACAAAUAGUAGAGACUACGAUGGCCAUGGUACCCAUGUGGCCAGUACCUUAGGAGGCGCCACCUAUGGAGUAGCCAAGGAGGUCAACAUCAUCCCAGUCAAGGUAUGCGCUGAUAAAAGAAGUUGCUAUUAUUCGGACAUGGUGGAAGGACUUUACUGGAUAAAGUCACGGGUUCAACGAUACAAGCGUCUAUCAGUAAUUAAUAUAUCAAUCAGUGGUCCGUAUGUAUCCUACGUAAAUGAUGCCGUAUACGCAGCAUUGUAUGCAGGCAUCCCAGUGGUAGUCAGCGCUGGAAAUGACGACAUGGACAAUGCAUGUUAUAAAACCCCAGCAAGCGUACAAGGAGCCCUCACAGUUGGUGCCACCCAGAUGAAUGAUUACGUGGCUUCAUUUAGUAACAUUGGACCAUGCGUCGAUAUUUACGCUCCAGGGACGAAAAUAACGGCCGCCGAUUACGCGAACAACUACGGUGGGAUUGAGUCUGAUGGGACGUCAAUGGCGUCCCCUCUCGUCGCCGGUGCAGUCGCGGGCUUGUUGCAGGUUUUCUGCGACGCUGGGUAUUAUAGCGUUCCGUCGACAAGCCUUGUUGAUGACAUCAACUAUAACAUCAUCGAGUUUGCAGAGAAGGGUACAGUGAGGGGACUCCCGUCAACCAACAACAACAAUGUUAUGCUUCAAACCAUGUGCCUUAAUACGUAA